AUGGCUGACUUCGGCACUCCAGAACAAAUGGCCGCUUCUAUGCAACAGAUGCAAUAUUUGCAGCAAACAAUCGUAGCGCAACAGCUGGCUGCACAGCGGGAACCACCUGUCCCAAUUGGUGAAAGAAACCUACCGCGUAACAUCCCUGCUACGCGCUCUGCUAUCGCUCCACCACCAUGUCAAAGGGCAGACUUUGAGAUAAAACCCGGCAUGAUCAAUCUUGUCCAGAUAAAGAUGUUCCAUGGACUGUCAGCUGAGAUACCGGUGGAACACAUUGAAGCUUUUGAAGAGAUAUGCAGUUUCACUCGUGCAAACGGCGUCCCACCCGACUACAUCAAAUGCAUGUUGUUUCCAUUCUCUCUAGCGGACAAGGCUUCACGAUGGCUUAAGUCAUUACCUACAGGUUCCCUAACUUCUUGGGAACAGGUUAGAGCAGCUUUCUUGGGACACUUCUACACGAAAGCCAAAACAGAUGCCCUAAGGAACAAGAUCUCCUCCUUCAAGCAACUCGCUAAUAAACCUUUCAACGAAGCGUGGGAACGGUUCAAUGAUACCCUCAGAGAGUGUCCUCAUCACGGGUUUGACGAUGACCAUGUCCUAGGAAUCUUCUACAAUGGUGUGGAAUGGGAGUUCCGCAAUGCUCUAAACGCAGCGAGCAAUGGAGAUUUCAUGACUCAAACCACAAAAGGAGCUCACGCGCUAAUAGAGAACAUGGCAGCUAGUUCGUCCAACAAAAACGAGGAGACUGACCGUUCCAAGAAGGUGAACAUCAUGGACACUAGGAAGAUUGAUGACCUCGCCGCUAAGGUCGAUCUGCUACUCAAGAACAAUCAGAAUCAGAUCUAUUUCAUGGAAGAGACCAAUCUGGAACUAGGUACUACAGAUGCUGCAGCAGAAAUCGAUCAUCGGAAGAAGAUCAGCAAGAGGCAGAAUAAUCCGCAAGCUGCUCCUGCAACCGCGAGCGGUCCGCCAGAUGAGCUGAAUGGAAUGAUGCAACAACUUCUGCAGGGGCAACAGAUUCAAGGAAAAGCACUGAACCAGGUUACAACCGAGAUAAACACUCGGAUGGACAACAUGUUCACUGAAUUGAAUUCCAAAUACGAUGAUGUAGCAAGCCACAUAAGGCAGAUGGACGUUCAGAUUGCUCAAACUGCUGAGACAAUAAAAAGGCAACAGGGAACACUCCUAGGGAAAACAAACAAGAAUCCCAAGGACUGUAACGCAGUCGAGCUGAGAAGUGGAAGACAUCUAUCAGAUUCUGUCCCCAAGAAGCUGACUGCUCAAGAGAAGGGAAAACAGAAAGAGGGAGAACAACCUCCGCUUGAGGAUGUCCACGACGACGAUCAUGAAUCAGAACAGCCAACAGCCACAGAACCAGUAGCUCCCACGACGCAAGAUCAACCUGUUCCUACUCGCGUCUACAUUCCAAAAGUUCCCUACCCAGUCCCUGCUAAGAAAUCACGCAAAGAUUGCAAAGAGAUGAAGUGCAGGAAGAUGCUAGAUGAGUUGAAUGUUAAGUUCUCUCUCAUGGAUGCUAUUCUGAUGAUUCCUUCAAUGUGCAGUCUUGUGAAAGGGCUGAUCUCUGGGAAGACCUCUGCAGACAGCGACAUCAUGAUGGUCUCGAAAGAAUGCAGCGCAGUCCUUCAAAACAGAACAGUCAGGAAAUUGGAAGAUCCUGAAAAAUUUGUCAUAUCUGUUCAGAUUGGAAAAACAGUCUUCGCUUGUUCUUUAUGCGAUCUAGAUUCCAGUGUGAAUCUCAUGCCCUAUUCAGUUGCAAAACGCAUGGGACUAACCAAUUUCAAGCCAACCAGGAUUUCUUUGGUGUUUGCAGACAGAUCAGUCAAGUUGCCAGUAGGUGUUCUCGAAGAUCUGCAAGUUCAAAUUGGUGACACCACUGUUCCGGCAAACUUCGUGAUUCUAGAGCUCGAAGAUGAACCACAAGACCCUCUCAUUCUGGGUCGACCUUUUUAA